UUUUGGCUCUGCAAGCACCACGCGAUUGGGCCGCAUCCCAGUAAUAUAUUCCAGUUUUGGCCCAUAUUUGGUUGCUGCGUGGACGUGGACCAGGUUCCAGGUGAUGGGUCGUGUUCUCGGACAGCGGUAAGGGGAGCAGGCGGCGGCAUUUUGAAAUUCUGAAAGGAUGUUGCAUGAUCUGCCUUGGUUCUUUAUUGAUGACCAUGGUCAAGUGCCUGCAGACCCGGCACUUGAACAGGGGGCUGAACAGGGACCAGUUCGAGGAUCCAAGCUUCGGGAUUGGAUGCAGUCAGGCAACAUCUCCAACGACAUUCGCGUCCGCCUUCACAAUUGGGAUGGACAUUUUACAGUGGAACAAUUGUGGCCCAAUUCUGAGGCCGCUUUUCUUCUACCGCCUGACAUUUACACUUACACCUCGAGCAGCUCAACCAGCGUGCAAAGGCUGGAUGGGCCCGAGUUCGAAAGCACAGUCAUCGCCUUGGAACCAAUCAUCGCAAGCUCGGCCAAGGUGCCCCCAGAGGAAAAGAAGCAGGCGCGACCUGCCGUUGGGACUGCAAAGGCAGAUGUUGAAAGGGAGAUUGCUCUGAUUCUGGCAACCUCCCCUGUUCUACGCAGGGCUGACUUUGACCCCAUGGUGCGGCAGCACCUUCAUGCGUUCCACAGCCUUGGCGGAGCUUCUCAGGUGCAUGAAGCACUGGAGCAGGUGCGUGCAACUGUCGAACGUCGCCCCAGAGAGAGUGUCAAGAGUUGGCCAGCGUACCUCUACAAGUUGCUAAAAAAUGCCUUUGCCACCUCAAAAGCAGCCAGGUACCCCGCACGCCAUAAAGCUCGAGGCUAAGGCGGCUAAGGUGCUUUUCUACCUGCGACUCCUGAGGUUCCAAAUGUCCCUGGAACCAGGGACCAUUCCGUUCGCCCUGGAAAAUUCAGGGCACAGGGAACCGAGCAUGAUCUCAAACUCAAGCAAAACCCCGUGGCGAUCAACUAGAAGUUCAACUCUUGGUUUGGAAGUUUUCAGGUUCCUUGCACGUCUUUGUAGGGUUCUUCGUGUAGAACCUGCCCGCCAUGUACAUACUAGCCUUUGCUGCCACCACUUGCUGCCUGUGCCUUCAAUGAUC